AUGAAUGAAAUUGAACAUAAUGAAAAAUAUGCAAACUACUUGCGAAAUAAAAUCAUAAAAUACUUUAAUUUGAAAAGUGAAGAUUUAGAAUUAAAAUAUAUCAAAUCAAUAUUAAACAGUAAAACAUAUGAUUUAUAUAGUUCUAUAUAUUUAUUAAAUUCUUCUUUUUUUGAAAAUAAUAAAAAUACUAAAUUAACAAUAAACCAUGUUAAAAAGUUUACACAAGAUUUAGUUAACUCAAAGAAUAAGUUUACCCCAUCAAAUAUAGUAGAAAAUAAUAACAACUCUCAAAAACUUGGUGAAAUAAAAAAUGAAAGUGAAAUAAAAAAUAAAUUUAUACAUAAUUCGAUAGAAUACAUUUUUAAGAAAUAUGAUGAUAAACAAUAUCGUAACAAGGAAAAUGAAAAUGACAAUAAAAUAACCAAAGCCAUCAAUAAUAAAAAAAAAAAUAGUCAGAAAAAUUAUAACCAAAAUAGUGAAAAUUUACAUUUUUCAAAAGCAGAGAAAAUACAAAAUAAAACAAAUCUAAAUGAAAAAGAAAAGGAAGCAAACGCAAAUUCAUUAUUUGAUAAACUGCAUAACAAACAUGUAAAAAAUAUCAUGUUUGAAACAAAGACAAAUAACGAUAAAAAAAAAAGUGAACAUAACAAGUCACUCAGUAAAAAAACAGAAGAAAAAGAAGAAAAAAAAGAAACUGAUUAUUUCUCUUUUUUCAAUAGAAAAGAAAAUCCAUAUUCAUUAAAAGAUAUUAUUGAACUUAUUGAUAAUGUAAAAAAAGAUGAUAGGAAUUUCUAUAAUGAAAAAGAUAAUAAUAAUGAUCAAAUUAGUCAAAAAAAAAAAAAAAAAAAUAUUCAAAUUUGUACAUGCAAUGGGAAAAACCAUAAAAUAUAUGCAAACUGUCUUAUAUGUGGAAAAUUAUUUUGUUCAAAAAUUAAAUUUAAAAACUGUAUAUUUUGUGAUAAUCCUUUAUUUGAAUCCGAUUUUAUAAAUACCAUAUUUUUAUCGACAAAAUUAGAAACUAAAACAAAUAAUAUUAUUGCAAAUAUGAAAAUUUCAAAUCCGUUUCUCUACAAAUAUUACUUUGAUCCACUUAAUAAUAAUUUAAAAAAGGCUAUUAAUAUGCGAAAUAAAAUGCUAAAAAACUCUGUAAAUGAAGAAAAUACAAAAAUAAUUGAUGACAGUAUAGAUUGGUUUGAGAAUGACAUUAAACAUACACUCAACAUUCAUGAUAUUAAUUUUUCAUGUUAUGAUGAUGAUACAAAAAAUGAGAUAGUAAACAAAUAUUAUGACAUAUUCAAAAAAAAAAUUACCGAUAUAAAUAUUGACAUUGAUUUUGAAAACCUUAAAAUAAAUGAAAAUGUGGAUUAUGUAAAAAUCAAAGAAUUUAGUGAAUACUUAAAUGAGCACGAAAAAAAAUAUCAAGAAAAAAAAAAAAAAUUAUCUAAUAAUACACCCCAUAAUUAUUUAAGUAAUAAAGAAAAAAAAUACAUAAGUUAUGUUAAUGAUUUAUGUAAAAUGUUUUUAAAAAAUGACACACCAAAAAAGGAUACAAAUUUACUUAAAUCCGAAAAAAUGAAUCCCAUCACUGAAAAGAAAAGAUAUAAAUAUAAUGUGUUAAACGUGAGUGAUGACGAGUUUUAG